AUGACUCUCCCUUUCCAGAUAGUCGAGCAUACGCUCCCAGGUCAACACAUUCGAGAUUACCCGAACAGUACCAAGGAGAGUCAGGAAACUGUCCUCCAAAUCGCUAUCAAGCAAUAUAUCCCUUUGGAUCUUCCUAUGCCUAUCCCUGAUAAUGCUGUCACUAUUAUCGGGGCACCGGGGAAUGGUACUCCGAAAGAAUUGUACGAGCCUCUCUGGGAAGACCUAUACGCCGAAUUAAAACAGAAACAAAUUCCGGUACGUGGAAUCUGGGUAGCCGACAUAUCCAACCAAGGAGCAAGUGGAGUUCUCAAUGAAUAUACCCAAGGUGAUCAAACGGGCUGGUGGGAUCACUCUCGUGAUCUCCUCCAUAUGGUCAACCAUUUUCGCGACCAAUUCACUCGUCCAAUAAUUGGCGUCGCGCAUAGCAUGGGAGGUGCCCAACUAGUAAACCUUUCCAUCAUCCACCCACGUCUUUUCUCCACACUGGUUCUUUUCGAUCCCGUCAUCAUGGCAGAAGGUUUCGGAGGCUCAAGCUCCAAACCAACCCCAAACCCAGCGAUCUUCUCAAGUCGCCGUCGGGAUCUCUGGCCCAGCGCCGAAAAAGCAAAAGAAGCCUUAUCAAAAGGCCUCAAGCGAUGGGACCCCCGAGCACGUGAAAGAUACUUCACUUACUGUCUUCGCAAUGUCCCAACAGCUAUCUAUGAUCCUGCAGAUCCCAAAGUCGGAUCAAAAGCAGUAACAUUGACAACAACAAAACAUCAAGAAUCAUGGACCUACACCACACCCAACCUUGAGCCCGAGUCUCUCGACAGACUACUACUAGCCGACUGGAGUCCCAAACGAGAGAGACCAUUCUUAUUCUCCCGUCCAGAAUGCUGGUCGUCUUUUCGACAUUUGCCACAUUUGAGACCAAGUGUUCAAUUUGUAUUCGCUGGUAAGAGCUAUCUUUCGCCGCCUGGUGCGCAAGAUGCGAAGAUGCAGGUUACCGGCACACUUGCGGGGGGCAAUGGGGGUGUUGACGCUGGGGCAGUGGAAAAGGCUGUUCUGGAAGAUGGGGAGCACACGUUUGUGUUUGAUAGGGUAGGAUGGUGUGCUGGUGUCUCGAGUCAAUGGAUACAGAAGUGGUAUAAUGGGUGGUUGGCGGAUGAGAAGUUUUGGAAGGAGUAUCGAAGCCGGCAUUCGGAUGAGAAUAUGCUUAGGUUGUCGGAAGAGGCGCUGUUGGUUGCUAAGAUCAAUGCCGGGACUAAGAGAGAAGACUUCCCCAAGAGUAAACUGUAA